AUGAAAAAAAAGGGAGGACAAUCAGACAAGGCAGUGGUGGUGAAAGCAUUCAUACAUUGUGACGGUUGCUCAGAUAAAGUUUCUAGGUGUUUGAGAGGUCUUGAAGGAGUGGAAAAUAUUGUGAUUGAUAGAGAAAAUAACAAGGUCACUGUGAAAGGAGAAGUGGUGAAAGAUCCUUUGAAGGUUUUGGAAAGACUUAAGAAGAAGUAUAGCAAAAAUGUGGAGCUACUUUCACCAAAAAUAAAGCCAGAGAAACCAAAAAAAGAAGAAAAAAAGGAAAAAGAUAAGCCUAUAAUAAAAACUGUGAUGCUUAAGAUGUAUAUAUAUUGUGAUGGCUGUGAAAAUGAUAUCAAGAGAAAAAUUGAGAAAAUGGAAGGUGUUGUUUCUGUAGCAUUGGACAAGGAAAAGUCACAAGUCACUGUUAAAGGAACAAUGGAAAAAGACCAGCUUGUAGCAUACGUUAAGAAGCAACUGAAAAAGCAUGCAUAUAUUAUAAAUGUAGACGAUAAUGAAAAAGAAAAUAAAAACAACGAGAAAUGCCAAAAUCCCGAAAUUAUAUUUAGUUACCCUCCCCAAUACUCUGCACAACAUACUUAUCCCAAUCAAACUUUCAGUGAUGAAAAUCCCUUUGCAUGUUCAAUCAUGUAA